UACGGAGGAAGUAGCACCGCCCUGCUCGCCGCCUAAGCUCCCGUGCGGGGCAGCAACCCCCGCCCCACCCGCGUCGUUCCGCCCCGAGCCAGCCCGGGCUCUGCUCCCGUUUGCUUGCUCUCCGACUCUUCUCCCCGCGGCCGGCACGAGCCCAGCGGCGCCAUGGGCUGCACCGUGAGUGCCGAGGACAAAGCGGCCGCCGAGCGCUCCAAGAUGAUCGACAAGAACCUCCGCGAGGACGGCGAGAAAGCGGCGCGGGAGGUGAAGCUGCUUCUCCUCGGUGCAGGAGAGUCUGGAAAGAGCACAAUUGUAAAACAGAUGAAGAUUAUUCAUGAGGAUGGAUACUCAGAAGAGGAGUGCCGGCAGUACAAAGCAGUGGUUUACAGCAACACCAUUCAGUCCAUUAUGGCCAUCAUCAAGGCAAUGGGAAACCUGCAAAUUGACUUCGGGGACCCUUCCAGAGCAGAUGAUGCCCGCCAGCUGUUUGCACUCUCUUGCACUGCAGAGGAGCAGGGAAUCAUGCCAGAGGACUUAUCCAAUGUGAUCCGGAGGCUGUGGGCAGACAAUGGAGUCCAGGCCUGUUUUAAUCGUUCGCGAGAGUAUCAGCUGAAUGACUCUGCUGCAUACUAUCUGAAUGAUUUGGAGAGGAUAGCCAGAGGUGAUUACAUUCCAACCCAGCAAGAUGUGCUGAGAACCAGAGUGAAGACUACAGGCAUUGUAGAGACUCAUUUUACCUUCAAGGAAUUACAUUUCAAGAUGUUUGAUGUGGGGGGCCAGAGAUCCGAGAGAAAGAAGUGGAUCCAUUGCUUUGAAGGAGUGACAGCCAUUAUCUUCUGUGUUGCCCUGAGUGCAUACGAUUUGGUUCUGGCUGAAGAUGAAGAGAUGAAUCGGAUGCACGAGAGCAUGAAACUAUUUGACAGCAUCUGUAACAACAAGUGGUUCACGGAUACAUCCAUCAUUCUCUUCCUCAACAAGAAGGAUCUCUUUGAGGAGAAGAUCAUCCACAGCCCCUUGACGAUCUGCUUCCCAGAAUACACAGGAGCAAACAAGUAUGAUGAAGCUGCUGGCUACAUCCAGAGCAAAUUUGAGGACCUCAACAAGAGGAAGGACACCAAGGAGAUCUACACCCACUUCACUUGUGCCACUGAUACCAAGAACGUGCAGUUUGUCUUUGAUGCUGUCACCGACGUCAUCAUCAAAAACAACCUGAAGGACUGCGGGCUCUUCUAGUUCUUCAGGUGGCACCUACUGAGGAACACAGGAAGGAUUACUUGAACUGCUCCAUAUGAGGAAGAGGCUGGUGUUGAUGAAGGGAGGACUGCACCAUUUAAUGACUUCUGCUUCUUAAGUUUUUUGUUUCAUUCCUUUUAAUUUUCCUAAUGAUGAGACUUUGGCAAUUCCGCUGUCCAAGGGACAGGCUCCAUUGCUUCCCCUGCCCUGUGCUCUCCCAGGUGCCUGUCGUAGGCUGUUUGUAUCCUCCCGCUCUGCCCACAAAGCCUUACUGAAGCACCUAUUAUUGGUGGCCUGCCAUAGCUGUAACAUUUCCAUGUAUGUCCAUUAUUAUUAUUAUUAUUAUUAUUAUUUUGUUAAGCUGAAGUGCAGAAACUAGCAGGUCAGGGGAUUUUGGAGAUGUUUUUAACGUUCUUUCGUUCUUUUUUGAGACAUGAAUAUAUAUUUCUGCUCCAAACAGCCCUCUGUCUGGCUCUGCCAAAGCAAUCCACUGUCCAUUAGUUUUUCACCUUCAGUCAGGUGGAGCUCUUGCCAUGGAGCAAGCGCCUACCUCUGUAAUUUGCACAGACCAGCAAGAAAGCAAAAAAACAUUCCUCUAAAAGCCAAUUCGUGCAGGAAAAGUUGGUCUUUUUUUUUUUUUAAAGGAAACCUUUUUUUAAAAAAUACUUUAUUUAAAAUGUCAAGUAGUAAACGGUUGAGUUGCCCCAAUACCUUCUCUAGUAAAUUUUGUGCCUUGAGGGUGUCUGUAUGUUUACAUCUGUUUCUUAGUUUGCUUCAAUGUGCAUUGUGUUUAGAAUAGAAUAAAAUGGGUUCCCCCCUUUUUUUCCAGCCCUUCUCCCCCUUUCUGCUGUGGUCCAGGCCAAGCUUUUUAUGAGGGGGCCGUGCCCAUGGGUGUAAAGCAUGUUUCUUCCUGGCCACAGAAUUAGGCUCCUAAGGGCUAAGAUUCCACUGAGGACUAAGCAAUGUCAGUGUCAACUUUCUAUUCUUUUGUGCCACACCCCAGGGCCUGGGGGUGCUCCUGAGGUUGCUGUAAUGUCAGGUCUAUUUUAAUGUAUUUUCCUAGCUCUAACUGUAGUGUCAGUUCAGGAAACACUGCUGUAUGUAAGCGGUCCGGCCUGCCGUGCAGUCGAUGGGCACUGGGCCAUUAGUAACCGUCAGGCGCAGCCUAGCUUUUAUCACAAAUGUUUUACCAAAUUGUUCACAUGGUUUGAAAUAAUAAAAAGUAGAAAGAAA